AUGUGGAACAAGACCGACUGCCUCCAAGUGUUAUCUUUACACCAGCCAGACGAGGUCAUUUGGCGGAUAGGGGGUCAGACAGCCUCUCUCCCCUGUAACAUCACUUAUGAUACCAAUAUGGAAAUUGACUUAAUCUGGUUCGUCUUCAAGGAGGACGCUCACCACUCGGUCGAUCUGAUGACCCAGCAACACAAAUACAGCCUGGAGAGAAACGCCCUGAAUAUCAACUCACUCCAGGCCAAUGACAGCGGGGUGUACCACUGUGCUGCCUUGUUUAAAAACGUGGUAUGCAGCGGGGCACAGGAGAUAGGACAGGGCACCACGCUGGUGGUGAGAGGUAAGAGCAUAUAAUUAAAUAGAACACGUAUCAUUUGAAAUUAUUACUCAUCAUUUGAUGUAUCUCUAUGGGUAAGAGUGUUUGCGGUAGCAAGGGGGCCUUUUCAAUUAUACUCAAGUUUUGCCUUUACAACCAUAUGAAAACCAAGUGACAGUUCUCCUGUGUGCUUUCAGAGUGGGGCAUGCAGAUGACCUGGCAUGUUUUGCUGUGGCUGCUGUUUGUCCUGUUGGCCCUGUACAGUCUGGCGGUACUGAUUCUGAUCAUUUGUAAGAAGGUAAGAUAUUGUAUUACACUAGAUACAUACAUAUAAUGAUCAUUAUGAAUUGGAUGUUGUUUGAGACGUAACAGUGCAUAAAAUAUAUUGACCAAUCAUGCAACCACCAUAAUAUCAUCUAGUCUACAUUGGAUUCUAACCCGCUCAUUCUACACUAGACUGGGAAAGACAUUGCUGUUUGCAGAGGUACACAGAAGAGUGACAUCCAGGUGAAGUCUUCUCUUUUGUACUGCCUCACUGAAGUUGUUCAUGAUGUCUUAAAGAAUACUUGAUGCCACCACAAUGUGCAAUGUGUUCACAAUAUUUAGUUUCACAAAGUUGUGGAAAGCCCGAUGUCUUAAACAAGGAACAGUUCUAUUUCUAAGCCCUUGCAAUCAUGGUUUUGUAAGAGGGGGUAUUCCUCUUCAGUAAAUUCCUAGUAUAAUCCUCAGUCUCACAAUAUUGAGACUUCAAUGUAUGUUUACAUUGCAGAAAGACAAGGAAAUACAACACUUUUUUGUUGUUAUUUACCACUGCGAUGUAACCAAUUUGUUUGCUGUUCGUUCUAUCUCUAACAGAAGAAUACAGUUAGAGUACAGUUUGGUGCUGUUGUGCAAGAGCUGUACGGCAAGAGGAACUUACAAAGUAACAAGAAGAACCCCAACCACAGUGGCCCUGCUCAAAACAAGGUACAGGAUGGUCAGAUUGCAGUUUCCUAAUAUGGCUUAUUGGCUUUCCUAGUAAGUAAGAGAGAGGCUGGGAAAGUGCUUAGAUUUUGUGUUAUGUUUAUGUGUUAUGACUCAGUUAUAUCAACCGGUUUUCAAUUUGCUAAAUUAUCAUACCUUGUUCUUAAGCAAACUCUUCUCAAACAACACAUCUAAUCUACACCAUGUUGACUCUACAUCUGAUAAACUCAACUGAAUCAUCUUGCAGGUUGAAAGCCCACACUCCAACCAUCCAGAGGACAUUUACCAAAACCAGUGA